AUGCCACUCAUCGAGUCACUGCUGCUCUACCAGCCAGAGAGCGUUUACCACUUUAUACACGACUUCGUGGACGAACAAAAGAGCAGCCGCUUCGUACAUCACACGAGGAGUGCAGGCUAUGCCAAGAAGCUCACCAACCGCCGCAAGAUGGCGGACUUUAUGUCUACCAGCGUAAUUCCCGUCAUGGAUGACCUUGCCAAGCAAAUUCUACGGGAGAAACCAAACUCCGUCAAAACUUUUAUCAGAGACGUGGUAGCUGCACGCAUUAUUAUUGAGUCUACCGUAAACGCUGAAGCGUCAAACCAGGUCGAAGCUGUCGUCCCUUUCAGCGUGAACGACCGCGUCUUGUGUCGGUAUAAAGGUCGACCUCGGUACUUUCCCGGUGUCAUCACCGCUGUCGACGACCACGGCAACUUCACGGUCCUAUACGACGACGGGAAGACUGAGAGCAAUGAAAUGCCGAAGGUCGCCCGCACGAUGGAUAUCGUUCUUCUUAUCAUUGGUAUUGACGGAUCUGGCAAGACUACGCUUCUGUCAACCUUGCAAGGUGAUCUGGAUAAGGAGCACGUACCAAGUGCAGGCUUCACAUCAGCCACCUUCCAGACGGAAACAGGGUCGGCUACUUUCUACGACCUCGGAGGCGGUCCAGCAUUUCGCAACGUGUGGAAGGAAUACUACGCCGAUGCUCACGGUGUUAUCUUCGUGGUCGAUUCCUCGAAUGAAAACUCGUUGCUUCAUGCAGCAAACGUUCUCGAAGAAUCGAUGGCAAACGAGCUCAUGAUCAACAAGCCGUUGCUCAUCUUUGCCAACAAACGAGACCACUCCGAUGCAGUAGCAGAGAAGGAGAUGCAGAGUUUGCUACGUUUAAUCAAGUUUCCCAGCUCCAAGAUUGUCCCUUGUGUAGCCAAGCCGGCCAUUUAUGGUGGCGUAGACGAACGUCUGGAAUCAGGACUACAGUGGCUCUUUGAUCAGGUUCACAACGACUUUGACUCACUCCACGAACGUGUUCAACGUGAUCUUACACUGAAGAAGGAGCUUGAUCUGCAGAGACGAGAUGCGCAACGUGCUCGGGUGGCACGUUGGAAAGAAGAGCGUGAACUCAAUCAAAUGCGUACACAUGACAAACUGUCAAUCAACGAGCAAACCUCGUCCUCCAAAGCUGCCACAGACAACCAGGAAGAAACCGUGAUAUACUGCUCAAGCUGCAACACAGCACCAGCAGUAACAAAAUGUGCAGCAUCCAAAUGGAUGCCAGUCUGCGAUAAUUGCGCAACAACGCUUAGAAGUCAGUCUUCACAUAAAGUGUAA